UAAAAAAAGGGAAAAAUACCUAAAACCUUCUUCGUCUUCUUCUUCUUCUUCUUCAUCAUCUCCGGGAACGAGACGACUAGGACCUGCGUUAGCUCUCUUCAGCUCAGACAUCGCGAUUCGCUGAUCUAGUCUUUCCACAGAGUGUAAUUGGCGGGUUAAUUGUUUCUUUUGUGGUUUUUAUGAAUUUCGAUGUCGAUUGGAACUGGAAAUUUGGGAUUGGAAUUGGAAUAAUUUCGGUUCUUGGGGAUUUCGAUGAAUUUAAGACUCUCUUUCCGCUUGUUUCUUUAAUCUCCAGAAUUUACACAAAGAAAGGGGAAUCAGGGAAAAAGAUAAUAGGAAGAAAGGAGAGGAAAAAACAUAAAUAUGCAGAAGAGUGGGGGUGUUUCUAGGAAUAGUACUUUGCCUUCUUUGAGGGUGACUGUGCCUCAGCAGUCGCUCCGGCGUCUGGGAUUGUGUUCCCAAAUCGCCACGGCCACGGGAGGCCAGCACUCUUCCCCCAUUGUCUUCCCUGAGAAGCAGAAGCGUAGCAAGGUCAAGGCUUCGAGGCGGGGGGGCGGUGAUGCUGCCGCUGCCCCAACCCCCACGGAUGAUCUUGAGAACCCGAGUAGCUUUGAGCAUAGGAUCGAUAUCCGAGGAGGGGCGGGUAGUGGUGUUGGUGGAGAUGAGAAGUCUAAUUUGUUGGGUUAUGAGGUCUUGUCUGGAAAGCUAGUUUUGGAUAAGGGAAAGACUGCAAAUGUGGAUGGGACGUCAACAGAUGCGCAACAAAACACUUCGAUUACUGAUAUGACCAACAAAGACGCUGUUAAUGCUAGGCUUACCAGUAAAGCAUUGAUUUGGGGUUCUCACAUGCUUUCUCUGGAGGAUAUUAUCUCAGUUACAUACAAUGUUGGUCUCAGACAUUUUACAGUGCACUCUUACCCCUUGAAAAAGAGUGGCUGUGGCCUUUCUUGUUUUAUAAAGCCCCGAAGAACUCGCAAGGAUUUUCACUUUGUGGCAUCUAGCAUCGACGAGGCUGUUCAAUGGGUUGGUGGGUUUGCAGAUCAGCAGUGUUAUGUGAAUUGCUUGCCCCAUCCAAUGCUUUCUUCAAAGAAGCAGGCAUCUUCAGAAUUACUUCCAAUUGAUACUCCCACUGAACUGAUUUUCAAAUGCAAGAGUCCACCAAAAAUGCUUGUCAUAUUAAACCCACGGUCAGGGCGUGGUCGUUCUACUAAGGUUUUCCAUGGGAUAGUCGAACCUAUAUUUCAGCUUGCAGGUUUCAAAUUGGAAGUUGUCAAAACAACGCAUAAAGAUCAUGCUAAAACCCUUGCAUCCACUGUUGACAUCGACAGGUGUCCCGAUGGAAUUAUAUGCAUUGGGGGUGAUGGAAUCAUCAACGAGGUUCUAAAUGGUUUACUUUCUAGAGAGAACCAGAAAGAAGGAAUUUCUAUACCAAUUGGAAUUAUACCAGCUGGUUCUGAUAAUUCAUUGGUUUGGACUGUUCUUGGAGUUAGAGAUCCAGCUUCGGCUGCAAUGGCUAUUGUCAAGGGGGGUCUUACUGCUACGGACGUUUUUGCUGUUGAGUGGAUUGGGACUGGUAUUAGGCACUUUGGGAUGACAGUCUCAUAUUACGGCUUUAUUAGUGAUGUAUUGGAGCUAUCCGAGAAAUAUCAAAAGCGUUUUGGUCCCUUGCGUUAUUUUGUUGCUGGGUUUCUCAAAUUCUUAUGCUUACCCAAGUACAGCUAUGAAGUGGAAUUUCUUCCAGUAUUGGAAGAGGAUCAAGAUGGAAAGCACUUAGCUGAACAGGAAGUAGUUGACAUGUCAGACCUUUACACGGAUAUUAUGAGGAGGACAAACACAGACGGCAUUCCUAGAGCCUCUAGUCUGUCAAGUAUUGACUCCAUAAUGACUCCUAGUCGAAUGUCGGGAGGAGAGUUGGAUACAACCUGUAGUAGCACUCAUGCUAGCGCAGAACCAUCCGAGUAUGUGCGUGCCAUAGAUCCAAAAUCAAAACGAUUAUCAACUGGAAGGAGCAAUGUAAGUUCUGAGACAGAAGUAAUUCAUCCUCAGAUACCUCUGUCAACAACCCCAAACUGGCCAAGAACCAGAUCGAAGUCUAGGACAGAUAAAGGAUGGGGUGGACUGACUGCCACCCAUGAAACAUCUAGAUGUUCUUGGGGCAAUGCUGCAACAUACGAUAAAGAAGAUAUAUCGUCAACUCUGUCUGAUCCAGGUCCAAUUUGGGAUGCUGAACCAAAGUGGGACACCGAAGCUAAUUGGGAUGUGGAAAACCCAAUUGAACUGCCAGGACUGUCGGAGGAUGUGGAAAUUCCUAAGAAGGGAGUAUCGAUGCCCAGAUAUGAAGAUAAAUGGGUUGUGAAAAGGGGGCAGUUUCUUGGUAUUCUAGUUUGCAACCAUGCCUGCAGAACUGUUCAAAGUUCUCAAGUUGUGGCACCUAAAGCGGAAUAUGAUGACAACACCAUGGAUUUAAUCUUAGUACAUGGGAGUGGGCGGUGGAGACUGAUGAGAUUUUUUGUGCUACUACAGAUGGGGAAACACCUUUCACUUCCAUACGUUGAAUAUAUAAAGGUUAAGUCAGUGAAGAUUAAGGCAUCCGGACAGCACACCCACAAUGGUUGUGGGAUUGAUGGUGAGCUUUUUGCACUCAAUGGACAAGUUGUAUCUUCUUUGCUUCCAGAACAGUGCAGACUUAUUGGUCGUUCCCCCAACAAUCAUGUUUGAUAGCCAUGGCCUUCCUUUUUUUGGUCCUCUAUCGAGUGCUAGAGACAACUAAUGCGUCUUUCCGUAAUGUUGAAUAUGAGGUGCAUCUAUAUACCAAGUAGGGUACCUUCUGCUUUACUGUUUCUAGCGCCCUUUUCCAUCCCACCUUUGAACAGCUGAGAUCCCUGUAAAUUUUUGUUCGGUAUGUCUACGCGAUGAUUGUUGUUGUUGAUUUCCCUCUUUCCUAUUAUUUUCUCGGACCUGGUGUCCUAGCCCCAUGUUUGUUGUCCGACGCAAGCUGCUUUGUGUAAUUGCAAUUCUGGUACUGUUUCUUGUGAUGAUCUUCAGAUUGCUACAGAGAUUUGUUUUGUAAAGUAUUUGGUUGUUGACCAAUCAUUGUUUCUUCA